UGUAGUAAAAAUAUAUAUUAUCCCAGCAGGGAAGAAAUCUCCAGCAAAGAUGGUGUCAGUGAAGCAAAGCCGCCGUACAGUUGCAGGCUGGUUUGUAAUAGCCUUCCACCUCUUACUUCUACUUGAUUAUUCUUCUGCGGCAGCCCCUAAAGGACCCUCCGGAGCGCCUCAAGGGUCGUGUAAGCCUGUGAAAGUGGAAGUCGUAGAAGAUUCUGUGAUGAUGGACAAUGGCAUAGUCAGUGUCAACUUUAGCAAAUCAACCGGUUCUAUUGUAGGGAUUAAAUACCAAGGAAUUGAUAAUUUAUUGUCAACUACUAAUAAAGAAACAGACAGGGGAUAUUGGGACAUCGAUUGGAACAGACCGAACGUGAAAGCCAGUACAUCUUUUAAGAUUCUAGCAACAAAUUUCACGGUAAUAUCAAAAGCUGAAAAUCAAGCUGAGAUUUCCUUCACGAAAGUAUUCAAGACCGGUGAUGAAACUGAUAUCCCCAUCAACUUUGACAAAAGGUUUAUUAUGCUAGCGGGAAGUUCUGGUUUCUAUACAUACGCAAUAUACGAUCACCCUAAAGGAGGCCCAGACGUUGAUAUUGAUCAAACAAGGAUUGUAUUCAAGCUAAGCACGACCUCGUUCAAAUAUUUGGCUGUAUCCGAUAAAAUUCAAGGAGAUAUGCCAAGUUAUGCAGAGCGAGAGGCCAGUCCAAAACUUGCAUACAAAGAAGCUGUUUUACUAAAGGAAACUGAAAAUCCUAAGCUCAAAGGGAAGGUGGACGAUAAAUAUGCGUUCGCAUUAGAAAGUCAAGAUAUGGGUGUAUAUGGAUGGAUUUCUCCUAAACCACACGUAGGGUUCUGGGUAAUUACGGCAAGUAAUGAGUUCCGUUUGGGUGGACCUAUAAAGCAAGAUCUCACUUGUCAUUGCGGUCCAUUUGCCUUAUCGAUGUUUCUUAGCCUUCAUUAUUCUGGGGAACACUGGGGGAUUAAGCUGCGAAAUGGUGAGGCUUGGAGAAUGGUUUUUGGCCCAGUUUUUGCAUAUGUCAACUCAGAUACAGGAACCGACCAUAAAACCCUCUGGGAAGACGCCAAGAAAAAAAUGUUAGAAGAAACCAAAAAUUGGCCGUACAGUUUCAUAAAAUCAGAUGACUAUCCUAUUAAAAGAGGAACAGUUAGCGGUCGAUUGCUAAUCCAUGAUGUGGCCCUGAGUAAAACUGAUACGCCGGCAAAAUCUGCACACGUUGGGCUAGCUGCACCUGGGGCGGCUGGAUCAUGGCAAUAUGAGAGCAAGAGCUAUCAGUUCUGGACUCGAACGGACGACACUGGGAACUUCAAGAUUAGUGCUAUUAGGCCUGGAACGUACAGCUUAUACGCAUGGGCUCCUGGACAUCUCGGAGACUUUAUACACAAGGCUAAUCUUACCAUCAAACCAGGAGAUGAUAUUAAGGUUGGUGAUCUUGUUUUUGCUCCUCCAAGAAACGGUACAACGUUGUGGGAAAUUGGCACUCCAGAUCGGAGGGCUUGGGAGUUCUUCAUCCCUGAUCCUGUCCCUGAACUACAGAACUCCCUACUAGGCAAUGGCACAGAAAAGUUUAGACAAUAUGGAUUAUGGGACCGCUAUACAGACCUGUAUCCCAAGACUGAUUUAGUUUACAAUGUUGGCAAAAGUGAUCCUGCAAAAGAUUGGUUUUUUGCUCAUCUUAACAGGAAAACUGGGAAUAACACUUAUGUAGCAACUAUAUGGACGGUUACAUUUCCACUUGAAGCAGUUGAUGCGAAAGGAAGCUAUACACUCCGAAUAGCAGUGGCUUCUUCUACCCAUGGCGUCCUUAUGAUUUGGGUAAAUAGUGAUGCAGAGAAGAAAAAGGCGAAUUUCGAAGGGAGAGUGGAAGGGAGGGAUAAUGCAAUAGCAAGACAUGGAAUUCAUGGGCUAUAUGCAGAGGUGAGGUUUGCGAUUCCAGGAUCUGUACUUGUGAAAGGAGAGAACACCUUAAAGAUAAGGCAGGCAAAAGGUGAAUAUGUCUUCGAUGGAGUCAUGUAUGACUACCUCCGUUUAGAAGCGCCGCCACAGAAGAGCACCUGAAUAGUAUGCAUAUGAGUUGCAUUCUUACCAUUUUUGUUUUUCUAUUUUUUUUCUCUUGUCAGAACAUUUAGGUAAUAAAUAUAUGUGUAUCAAUGUAUGCAUGUGUUGUGUUGGAAUUGAAUAAAAUUUAAAUUUAUUUUUGCA